CUCUGCCUUUAUCUCUCUCUAAUCAAUUAAUCACUUCCGGUUGUCCUGUUGCUUUGUAAACUGGGGAGAAGUUCAGAAACGAAGGCGGCGCUCCACACUCGCGGAGGGGUUUCCUGACCCAGUCAUUUGCGCCUCGACCGGCGGUGACGCUCAGCCUCCCUCCCUCCCUCCCUCCCUCCCUCGCUCCCUCAGGCGCUCCUGGAACACACCGGCGGGGGUCGGAGGCGCUCAGCAGCAUGGAAGUGACCAAAGGAGAGGAACCCUCGGCCGAACAGGCCGCGUCUUUGCUGAUGGCGCCGGAGGUGGAGAGUCAAACGAGGGCCGCCGGCCGGGGGAGGGAGCGCAGCACCCGCUGCAGAGUCAUCCCUGUGGUGCUGCUGCUGUGCUUACUGGCCGUCAUUCUGGCUGUGGUGUUUUCACUGAGAAAGAGCAGCGAUGUCAAAGCAGAAGGUGAGCUGUGGCUGCAAGCGGGUGAGGAAACCCAGCAGCCCCGGUGUCCUCCCGGUUUCGUCAGACCUCCUCUCAUCCUGGUGUCCUUGGACGGUUUCCGGGCGGAGUACCUGAAAGAUCACGGCGGCCACCUUCCCGCCAUCAGCAAGUUACGAAACGAGGGAACGAGCAUGCCGUACAUGAGGCCUGUUUAUCCCACAAAGACCUUUCCCAACCACUACAGCAUCGUCACUGGUCUUUAUCCUGAGUCUCAUGGAAUUGUGGACAACAAGAUGUACGAUGUGACCCAAAACACUUCGUUCAGCUUGAAAAGUGAAGAGAAAUUCAACGCUAAAUGGUACCAAGGCGAGCCAGUCUGGAUCAGUGCCAUGCGUCAGAAGCUGAAAGCAGGAACCUUCUUCUGGCCUGGCUCAGAUGUUAGAAUCAAUGGCACUUUCCCAAACAUCUACAAGACGUAUAACAAGAGCAUCACGUUCGAGCAGCGGGUGCUGACACUGUUUGAAUGGCUCGGUUUACCUGAGGGAGAAAGACCUGACCUUUACACUUUGUACUUGGAGGAACCUGACUCAUCAGGACAUAAGUUUGGACCAGCGAGCAGCCAGGUCCUGCAGGCUUUGGAAGGUGUGGACCGGAUUGUGGGCAUGCUGAUGGAUGGCCUGAUACAGAGAGACCUGCACCACUGUGUGAACAUCAUGGUCGUAUCAGACCACGGCAUGGAGGAGGCUUCGUGUGAGAAAGCAGCUUUCGUGUCCACCUACUUGACACAAACGGAGGACUUUGCUGUCAUCCAAGGGCCAGCUGCUCGCAUCAGACCCAGUCGCCUCCCAGAGGAUUACUUUUCCUUUGACUUUGAGAGUCUGAUAAAGAACCUGUCGUGCAAGACUGCUGACCAGCCAAUGAGGCCGUACCUCAAAGAAAACCUCCCCAAAAGAAUGCACUUUGCUAACAACAAGCGUAUAGAGAGAGGACACCUCUACAUGAAGCAGGGGUGGCAGGCCGCUCUGAACAAACAAGAACUCAAGUACUGCCUCGGUGGAUUCCACGGCUCAGAUAAUCUCUUCACCAACAUGCAGGCAAUCUUCAUUGGUUACGGUCCAGGAUUUAAAAAAAAGACGGUUGUGCCUCCAUUUGAAAACAUUGAACUCUACAACCUGAUGUGCGAUCUUCUCGGCAUUCGUCCCGCUCCGAACAACGGCACUCAUGGCAGUCUGAACCAUCUUCUGACCAGUCCCGUCCACCUGCCGGUCCACCCAGCACAGCUCUCCCAUGACACCCCCUGUGUGGCCAGUGACCCCGCUGACGACCUGCAAUGCACCUGUGAUUUGCACAACAAGCCCGAGGUCACUGCUAUAACCAGAAAUCUCACGAUAAUGAAUCCCAGCAGUUUCCGUCACCUCCACCAUCCCUUUGGUACCCCUGGAGUCGUCCAACCAGGCGCCACCUUUUGUCUUCUCCACCACUCCAACUACCUCAACGGAUACAGCAAAGACCGCCUCAUGGCCCUGUGGGUGUCGUACACCGUCCAGCCUCCGACCAGGGUGCGACCCCUGGCACCAGGGUUGGCGGAGUGCGUUCACGCCGACAUCCGCAUCCCACCGGCCUCCAGCCAGAGCUGUCAGCGCUACAGAAACGACCCCGCUCUGACCUUCGGCCUGCUGCAUCCCCCAGGUUUGAGUACCAACGGACGCGAGACAGACUCUCUACUGACCAGCAACAUGGUGCCAAUGUUCCCUGCAUUUAAAGAUGUUUGGCUUCAUGUCCACGAUGUCCUUCUUCCAAAAUAUUCACAACAGCUGAACGGAGUUAACGUCAUGAGUGGGCCGAUUUUUGAUGAGGACUAUGAUGGAAACGUUGAUGCGCUCAAAGCAAUCUCAGGGAACCAGGCUCCCAUCCCGACACAUUUCUUCAUGAUCCUCACCAGCUGUGGGAACUCGUCCUUCGGCCCCCUUAACUGCGAGGGUCCCCUGCAGGCCAGGUCCUUCGUCCUGCCCCACAGACCCGACCACACGGAGAGCUGUGCUAACGGGUCGGACUUGGCGUGGGUGGAGGAUUGGCUGCAGUUUCACGCGGCGCGCGUCCGAGACGUCGAGCUCCUGGCAGGACUCAGCUUCUACCACGACCGGUUAUCAGUGGAGGAGACGCUACGGCUCAAGACGGCGCUGCAGACGGAAAUGAAGCUUUAGUUUCCAGUGGAAGCCUCGUCGGCCCGCACCACGCGCCUCGGCCCGAACGCACACUUCACCAGAUUUCUGUGCCCCAAACCAAAUUGAGUUCCAUCUGGGGUUUUUUUUGUGAUACGUCUGAAUCCCCACAAAGUGUAUAAUUAGUCAAUUUGUGAUGGAUGUAUAUGUGUUUUUUGAAGGACGUUUUUUUUAAUGGAUGAUUUUAUAGCUUUUGACAUCCGCAGCUCUGAACCAAAGACGGGGCUUCCUUGGAUGGAGACAAAAUAAAAUGGAAAAGGGGUUACAUUUAGGAACAAGGAAUCUAUUUAUACUACUGUUUAUGUGUUUAAUGGCCGGGGCACACACACGAUCAUCUGGAAACAAUCUUGUCUGCUGACACACAACUGGACAGCCGCCUGAAACACACCAGAGAACUAGAGAAAUAAGUAUUGUU